CCCCCCCCGCCCGCACCCCCUGCCCGCAGCCCGGCGCGAUGGCGAGGCGGCGGCUGUCGGGGGGCGCCUGGGGGGCCCUGGUGCUGCUGGGCUUGAUGCUGCCGGCGGGAGCCUGGUACAAGCACGUCGCCAGCCCCCGCUACCACACGGUGGGACGCGCUUCGGGGCUGCUGAUGGGCGUCCGCCGCUCGCCCUACCUCUGGCGCCGGGAGCUGCCGGCCGAGCCCCCGCGCCGUCCCCCCGGGGGAACCGCGCCCGCCGCCGCCCCGCCGCCCCCGGGCCGCCCCGACGGGGAGACCCCCCCCGCCCCGCCGCCGCCGGCCCCCCCGGGCCCCGGCCGCCUCCUGCAGCGCCUGCUCCGGCGGGGCUGGGGCUGGGGCUGGGGCCGCCCCCGCCCGGCCCCCGCCCGGCCCCCGCGGAGCUCAGCCUGGCCGUGCGUGGGCAGAGCAGUCCCGAGUACCGCGGUUGGGGUUCCGGACCUGCGGACGUGCGUGCAUCCCUCUGAUUUCACAGCAAAAUUUCCACGGGAGCCUCGCAGGCAGCUUCUCCCACUUGAAGACCUGGCUCUGACCCGCUGAAGGGGCCCGGCAGAGAUGCUUCAAGCGCCGGAGGAGCAUUGACUGCCCGAGGUGGAAACCGCUCAUCCUAGCUGGCGAGGAAGAGUCUCAUCGGCGGAUCUCCUGGUACUCUGACCUCUCUGAAACCAUAUAGACAAUUGCAUUCCAAAAAAUCUGAUUUUUCGUGGCCGCUGUCCAGACGCAGUGGUAAAUUCAUCUUGUUUUCAGGUCAACCUAGUGCUAUAAACUUGGGGAGAAAUAAACAGGGAAGAUAUUUAUUUUUGUUUAUUUUUUUUAGGUUUCUGUACUAGCUUGUUUGCAAUAUGAUACAAACAUGUACUGUUUGCUUCCUAGGAACCUGCCCUCAUUAAAAUGAGAAUUGAUCAAAGGAAGCUUUGGCUUCAUUGUGCUCUUAUGUUUUUUGGUUUUUUUUUAAAGCAAAACCUGGUACGGCUUUGCACAGGGCAGGCACUUCGGCGGUUGGGUCACUCCCAGAUUUUUCUGACAUGAUUUAACUCAUUGACAC